AUGCUUCAUAAUUCCUUUUUUGGUACGAUUGUUCUCAUUCAAUUUUACAGUAUGGCAACAAGUACCAGCUCAGGGCUACAUAAAGUGUUCGUGUACGGUACUUUAAAAACAGGAGAACCUAAUCACUUAUGGUUUACCAAAAGUAACGGUUACCACAAGUUCAUCGGCCAAGGCAAAACCGUUGAAAAAUUUCCACUAAUUAUAGCAACAAAAUACAACGUGCCAUUUAUUUUAAAAAGUCCAGGAAAUGGAACGAAUAUAGUGGGUGAAGUGUACGAGGUAGAUGACAAAGUAUUUGCAGAUUUAGAUAUUUUAGAAGACCAUCCAACAUUUUAUGUUAGAGAAAAAUUCAAUGUUUCGUUAUUAGACAGUGCGCGUACAGAAGAGGUUUGGAUUUACGUAAUAAAAAAUUUCAAUCCUAAGUUAUUGGAAGAACCCUUCUACGAAUGUUACAGCAGUACAGGCUCACAUGGGAAAAAAUACGUGGAAAGGUAUUUAAGAGACGGGAGUUUAGAUUAUAGAGAGGUCUUACGUUAG